UCAACUCAGAUGCACUGACCAGGUAGACAGGAAAAACCCCGCGAACUUUUGAAUUUCAUUUCCUGUUUGCCCAGCGUGGAGAGCACAGGUGACCACGCAGAGCUCAUCAGCACAGGUAACCAUGAUGGAAUCCCAGGAUCGCAAAAGCGCUCCAGCAUGGACAGAACGGGAGGUACGGGAUCUGCUCACCAUAUGGGGAGACGAAUCAGUGCUAGCUGAACUCCGUAGCAGUAAACGAAAUGGCAAAAUAUUAGAAAAGGUCUCAAAGGCCAUGAAGGACAGAGACCAUAACAGGGAUGCACAGCAAUGCCGCGUGAAAAUUAAGGAGCUAAGGCAAGCCUACCACAAAGCCAGAGAGGCAAAUGGAAGGUCCGGGGCAGAGCCACAAACAUGCCGCUUCUACGCGGAGCUGCAUGCCGUUCUAGGAGGUGCAGCCACCACUACCCCAACCGUGUGCUUUGACUCCGUCAGUGGAGAAACACGCAACAGGGAAGCGGGUUCGGGGUACGCGGAAGAUGAUGAUGAUGAUGAAGACAAUGAAGAUAGCUCACAGCAAGGAAGCGGAGAAACCGGUUUCCCCAACAGCCAGGAUAUGUUUAUCACCCUGGACCUAGAACCAGUAACCCCCGAACUCACCCAAGGCGUGCUCCCAGACCCUGAGGGCACACAGGGGACCUCUGCUGCAAAUGUUUCUCCUUCGCAGAGGCUAAGCAAAGAUUAGAAGGAGAAAACGGCGGACUCAGGAUGAUAUGUUCACGGAGCUCCAGAUGUCCUCCCACGCUGAAAGAGCACAGCAGAAUGUGUGGAGGCAGUCAAUGUCAGACUACAAAAAAGCACAAUAUGAAUGAGAGGAGAGGUGGCGGACUGAAUCGCGGGAUGAACAGAGCAAGUGACGGGCUGAAGAUGAUAGGUGGCGUCAGCUUGCAGACAGAAGGCAAAAGUCGAUGCUCCAGCUGCUGGAGCAUCAAACUGAUAUGCUCCAGCGUAUGGUUGAGCUGCAGGAAAGGCAGCAGGAGCAGAGACCGCCGCUACAUCCCCUGUGUAACCAACAGCCCUCCUCCCCAAGUCCCAUUGCCUCCUCACCCAGACGCCCAAGAACACGGUGGGGGUGCCUCCGGCCACCCAGUCACUCCACCCCAGAUGAUUGCCCAAGCAUCGGAAGGCUAGCCUUCAAUAAGUGUUAAAGUUUUAAAGUUUUAAACUGCAGUGUGUCCUUUUCCUUCCCUCCUCCCCCACCCCUCUUGGGCUACCUCCGCAAUUAUCCCCCUAGUUGUGUGAUGAAUUAAUAAAGAAUGCAUGAAUGUGAA